AUCAAUUUCACGCAUGACUUUUUACCCUAAGUAAAAACAUUGUAGGAAAGAUGCCUUUUCUCAAAUAAAAAUAACGGUCAAUGACCUCCAAACGACGAAAAAAACGUGGGUUGGAAUCGCGGCGCCUGUUUGCCUUUUAUCUAGAUCCGAGAACUAAAAUCCGCAAACAUAUCUGCGAUGGCGCCAAACAAGCUAGCUUGUUCCACUUUAAAUAAUUUCAAAAGCGCAUUUUAACAAAAAAAAAUUUUCCACAUAGUACGUAAUCUAACUUUUCUAUGUGUAUUUAUUGACGUAUUUUUAAUUAUCGAUUAUUGUUUAUUUACAAUUGGGAAAAGAAAUAGGAAAAUGCGUUUUUAUUCCUUUUUGGGACUAUGGAUGGUUAAUUUUUUUAUCAAAAAUUUGCAUAUAUACAUCGGCAAUCUACUAACCUAACUUUGUUAGUUACAAAUUAUCGUAUUCUUACGUAAAUACAUAAAACAUGAAAUUCAUUACACAAAUCUGUAAACAUAAUCUGAAGUUUAACAUAACCUACAAAUAUUUUGUAUACAUAUUUUUUAAAUCAAAGAAGAGGUGUAAAAAGGUACUUUGACUUACAUGUAGAUACGUCAAAAUUCGAAACACAACCAAUUUCAACAUUUAUCAAACAUACAAAAUUGAUUUCAUCCAUAUUCUAAGAUAAUUUAUGUCAACAUAACCUCAAUUCGUGACUUUUUCCUAAAAUUUAUACGAUGAGUGAAAUAAGUGACUUGGAUAGACAAAUUGAACAACUCAAACGAUGUGAAAUAAUCAAAGAGAGUGAGGUGAAGGCACUAUGUGCCAAAGCCAGAGAAAUAUUGGUGGAGGAAAGCAAUGUUCAACGAGUAGAUUCCCCAGUUACUGUUUGUGGUGAUAUCCAUGGUCAGUUUUAUGAUCUAAAGGAACUGUUUAAAGUGGGUGGAGAUGUCCCAGAAACAAGUUAUUUGUUCAUGGGGGAUUUUGUGGAUAGAGGUUUCUAUAGUGUCGAAACUUUUUUGCUUCUGCUGGCUCUGAAAGUUAGAUAUCCAGAUCGUAUAACCCUAAUACGAGGUAACCAUGAAUCUCGGCAAAUAACACAAGUCUAUGGAUUUUAUGAUGAAUGCCUCAGAAAGUAUGGCUCUAUAACUGUUUGGAGAUACUGCACAGAAAUUUUUGAUUACUUGUCUCUAUCUGCCAUAAUCGAUGGAAAAAUAUUUUGCGUUCAUGGGGGUCUUUCACCUUCUAUACAAACCUUGGAUCAGAUCCGCGUUAUAGAUCGUAAACAGGAAGUUCCCCACGAUGGACCAAUGUGUGACUUACUUUGGAGUGAUCCAGAAGACACUCAGGGUUGGGGGGUGUCUCCCAGAGGAGCUGGCUACCUUUUUGGGUCCGAUGUAGUAGCUCAGUUUAAUGCAGCAAAUGAUAUUGACAUGAUCUGUCGCGCGCACCAACUGGUCAUGGAAGGAUACAAGUGGCAUUUUAACGAGACGGUGUUGACAGUUUGGUCAGCCCCAAAUUACUGUUACAGGUGCGGCAAUGUAGCAGCAAUCCUAGAACUUAAUGAGCACUUGCAACGUGAUUUCACUAUUUUUGAAGCCGCGCCUCAAGAGACAAGAGGCAUUCCUUCAAAAAAACCUCAGGCAGAUUACUUUUUAUAAAAGGCAAAAUGUUUAUUUGUACCUUAUCCUAUUCUCAGUUUCUAUUUGAACAUUUAGGAUGUGCACAUCUUAAAAGGGUUCCAAAUGUUUUUAAUUGUACCAGACCAUAGUAAAGGAUUUCAACAAAGAUUCAACAAUACUAUUCUAAUCAUUGUUUCUUAGAUAAUGUAAACAUUAUAGUUAGACUAACAACGGCCAAUUUAGAAGUAAUUUACUGGUUGUUAUUUCCAUUGGAUUGAUUUAG